GGCAGGGGAAGGCGUGACCUGAAUGGAGAAUGCCAGCCAAUUCCAGAGACACACAGGGACCUCAGAACAAAGAUAAGGCAUCGCUGACACAUCGGGGACGAGCUCACAGACAGCUCAGGUCGGGGGAACCAGGGCCAGGCAGCAAGGAGCACUCAAAGCAGGAAAAUGAGACCGGGCAUGCAUGGCCUACGGGGGAAAAAUAGUGACAGAAGGUGGCUCCCUCUUUAUCAUGCUCUGUGCUUCUCCUUGUGGAAGGCUUUGGCCCACACUGUGGAACUUAACAACAUGUUUGGCCAGAUCCAGUCACCUGGCUAUCCAGACUCCUACCCGAGUGAUUCAAAAGUGACUUGGAAUAUCACUGUCCCAGAAGGAUUUCGGAUCAAACUUUACUUCAUGCACUUUAACUUGGAAUCCUCUUACCUUUGUGAAUAUGACUAUGUGAAGGUAGAAACUGAAGACCAGUUGCUGGCAAUCUUCUGUGGCAGUGAGAACACAGACACUGAGCAUACCCCUGGCCAGGAAGUGGUCCUCUCCCCUGGUUCCUUCAUGUCCAUCACUUUCCAGUCAGAUUUCUCUGAUGAGGAACGAUUCACGGGCUUUGAAGCCCACUAUGUGGCUGUGGAUGUGGAUGAGUGCACCGAGCGUGAGGACGAGGAGCUGUCCUGCGACCACUACUGCCAUAACUACAUCGGUGGCUACUACUGCUCCUGCCGCUUUGGCUACAUCCUCCACACGGACAACAGGACCUGCCGAGUGGAGUGCAGUGACAACCUCUUUACCCAGAGAACUGGAGUCAUCACCAGCCCUGACUUCCCCAACCCUUACCCUAAGAGCUCCGAAUGCUUCUAUGUGAUCGAACUGGAGGAAGGUUUCAUCAUCAACCUGCAGUUCGAGGACAUUUUUGACAUUGAGGACCACCCAGAGGUGCCUUGCCCCUAUGACUACAUCAAGAUUAAAGCUGGUCCAAAAGUUUUGGGACCCUUCUGUGGAGAGAAAACCCCGGAACCCAUCAAUACCCAAACCCACAACGUCAUGAUCCUGUUCCGCAGUGACAACUCAGGCGAGAACCGGGGCUGGAAGCUCUCAUACAAGGCGACAGGGAAGGAGUGCCCAGAGCUACAGCCUCCUGCCCACGGGAAAGUCGAGCCCUUACAAGCCAAGUACUUCUUCAAAGACCAGGUGCUCAUCAGCUGUGACACAGGCUACAAAGUGCUGAAGGAUAAUGUGGAAAUGGACACAUUCCAGAUUGAGUGUCUGAAGGAUGGCACAUGGAGUAACAAGAUUCCCACCUGUAAAAUUGCCAACUGUGGAGCCCCUGCAGAGCUGGAACAUGGGCUGGUCACCUUCUCUACAAGGAACAACCUUACCACAUACAAAUCUGAGAUCAGAUACUCCUGCCAGCAGCCCUACUACAAGAUGUACCACAAUAUCACAGGUAUAUAUACCUGUUCUGCCCAAGGAGUCUGGAUAAAUGAAGUACUCGGGAGAAACCAGCCCACUUGCCUGCCAGUGUGUGGUCAGCCCUCCCGUUCCCUACCAAACCUGGUCAAGAGGAUCAUCGGGGGCCGGAAUGCUGAGCCUGGCCUCUUCCCGUGGCAGGCUCUGAUAGUAGUGGAGGACACCUCAAGGGUACCAAAUGACAAGUGGUUUGGGAGUGGGGCCCUGCUCUCUGAGUCCUGGAUCCUCACAGCAGCCCAUGUGCUGCGCUCCCAGCGCAGAGACAACACAGUGACACCAGUCUCCAAGGAGCACAUCACUGUCUACCUGGGCCUGCAUGACAUGCGGGACAAAUCAGGUGCUGUGAACAGCUCGGCUGCCCGAGUGGUACUCCACCCAGACUUCAACAUCCAGAACUACAACCAUGACAUAGCUCUGGUACAGCUGCAAGAACCCGUGCCACUGGGACCCCAUGUUAUGCCCAUCUGCUUGCCAAGGCCUGAACCUGCAGGCCCAGAACCCCACAUGCUAGGACUAGUGGCAGGCUGGGGUAUCUCCAAUCCUAAUGUGACAGUGGAUGAGAUCAUCAGCAGUGGCACGCGGACCUUGUCAGAUGUCCUACAGUAUGUCAAGUUACCUGUGGUGCCACAUGCUGAGUGCAAAACCAGCUAUGAGUCCCGCUUGGGCAACUACAGUGUCACUGAGAAUAUGUUCUGUGCCGGCUACUAUGAGGGCGGCAAGGACACGUGCCUUGGAGACAGCGGUGGGGCCUUUAUCAUCCUUGAUGACUUGAGCCAGACCUGGGUGGCCCAAGGCCUGGUGUCCUGGGGGGGCCCUGAAGAAUGUGGCAGCAAGCAGGUCUAUGGGGUCUACACAAAGGUCUCCAACUAUCUGGACUGGGUGUGGGAGCAGAUGGGCUCCCCACAAGGUCUGCAGGAGCUCCAGGUGGAGCGGUGAUCUGACUGACCUCCUCAGAGCUUGCCUGCCCUGCCCCAGCCCGGGCGAGGCUGACCACACAUUUCCGACGGCACACUCCAUGUUACUCACCAGACCAAGUGGAAUGGAACCUGCUGCUCCCAUCUCCCUGAGACAGCCCCAGGACCCUGAGAGGCAGCAGAGUGGAAUGGGGCAAAGUCUGUACACAGGAAACCUGGGUCCAUGGCCCUGGGCAAGUCCCUUCCCCUCUCCAGGCCUCGCUGUCCUCAGCACUACGAGGGAGCUGGAUGUCUGGGCCAGUCCUAGCACUCCUCCCUCUCAGGACUGCUUUAACCCAGGGGCUUCGUUCACUCCUAUGCACUUAUCAAACCCCUAACUGGGGGCCUAACUAGGCUUGAUUGUUAGAAAAUGUUUCUUUAUGUUGAACUGAACUCUGAGUCAAUAUAUUUUUCCCAGUUUUGUCAUUUGGGCACAGACAAGUCUGGUUCCUCCUCUAGAAGAAAACCAUUCAGGUCUGGGGAGAUGGGGAUCAUACCCCAAGGCCCCUCUCUCCCAGGGUACCCUUCGCAGUACUCUUAGCCCUGAGGUUCCUCUCCCAAAAGCUUCCUGCAGUCCAAGCCUUAGCCUGCAUGUUCCCUGUUAAAGGGAUUUCAAAGGACAAAGAGAAAGUUUGGGUGAUGUGGGGAGGAGAAUAGCAGUUGGAGUCUCCCUGACCCUGUUAAGUUCCUUCUGUCAACUCAGAACAUGUCAUUUGGGAGCAUAUGUCACUCUAAAAUACCAGCUGACGGCAACAGGGUAUCCAUACCUGCUGCUCCAGACAAGCAUGAAGCAACCUUCCAGCCUUGAAAUGUAUCAUCUGAAAAGUCCACCUGAGCCCCAGCCCCAGGCAUGGAGAUUCAUCUGGACUGCUUGGAAAAAGAGAAGGCCCCUGAUGUGCCCUGCUGUGUUUCUGGGCAGGAAGAUGGAAGAAGGGUGGGUUAAAGACAUUAGGAAUGACCUCAUCCCACCAAGGCUGCCCAGCGUACCUGGAGUCUGAGCCUUUCAGAGAAUCCACCCAGCAUGGAUAUUCAGAAGGAUGCACUCCUCUGGCUUCCAGGACCCUUAGAAAAGGCAGCAGAGACUUGCCCGUGAAAGGCAGUGAGAAGAGACAGAGAGCCAAGAGUCCUGGGCUCUAGCCCCAGCUCUGCCCCCAACCAGCUAUAUAACCUUUGGCAAAUCACUUUCCUUUUUAGGUCCUCAGUUUCCCCAUCUGUAAAAGGAAGGUAUUAGAUCUCCUUCAGGGUCCUUUUAGCUCCAUCAUUCAGUGCUGCCAAUCACCAACAGCCUCUCCUUGGCCCUCACGGGGAUGAUGGUCCUCCUGGGAUUUUCCACCAGAGAAAGGCAGCCAGAGAAACACCCGAGAGGGAUUCCAAGAGAACAGCUGUGGAGUGUCCACUUUUCUAAUGGGUUCAUGAAACCACACUCCUUUGUCUAUGAGCGGUGCAUGUAGAGGAUGCUAUAUAUUGUAUAUUUUAUAUCACAAGCUCGCUAUUCUGUAAGGUGCUUCUGCACUCCAUUCUUCCUGUCAGGGGUCUAAAGUGGAAAUAAAACCUCUGUGGAUAAUCAACA